ACUUCUUAACGAUCGUUAGAAUUAUCCAAAGCUGUGAAAAUUCUAGUUCAUUUUUUUCUUACCUCUCGACGUGAUACUCCGGAAUAAUGACAAGAAUACAGUGGUCACUUCUCAGAGCACCGAAAGUACUCAGAUUUUCGGAGUACAGGUCCUAUUUCAAGGAAAAGUGGUCACGUCUCUCCAUCACUGUCAAAUCAUUGUUUUACAAUGAUUUUUUAAAUGUGGCAUACGCUUGUGAUAUACUCAUGGAACCAAUUUUCUGGUUUGUCGAGAAUUUCACAGCCUGUCUUGGACCUGUAUUCGUUGUUAUGGUAACAAUAUUGACAGCUGCAAUCGUCUGUAUCGCUUAUUGGAUAGGGCUGCCCUAUUGGUGGAAUAAAAGUCCCCCAGCAACUGUAAUUUUAUUAAUUAUUGGUAAUUGGUUACUGGCUAACGUUUGCUUCCAUUACUACAAAGGUGUGAAUGUGCCAGCUGGUUAUCCACCGCAAGGUGGACUUAUUCCUGAAGCAGUCAGUAUAUGUAAAAAGUGCAUAAAACCAAAACCUCCUAGAACUCAUCAUUGUUCAAUUUGUAACAAAUGCGUCCUUAAAAUGGACCAUCAUUGUCCGUGGUUGAACAACUGCGUGGGCCACUUCAAUCACAGACACUUCUUGCAGUACAUGGCUUUUACAGUACUAGGAAUAACGUUCAUUAUGAUUUUCGGCGUCGAGAUAGCAUAUCAAGAAUUUUUUCCUGCUAUUGAACCGGAUUUGGAUGGUCACCCAGUCCGCAUAAACAAUUCCCAGAUAAUUCCAUUGACAGAAUCGUUCGAGCACCUGAACGCCGAAGAAAUCGCUCAAAUAGCAAAACAGGCUGAGGAGACCAGAGAAAAAGAAUGGCGAAGACGAGUCAUAAUUUUUGCUGGAUUGAUUUGCGUUGGAACGUUCGCAGCUUUGGGCUCAUUGACUUGGUGGCACGCGGGUCUCAUAGCAAGGGGAGAGACGAGCAUCGAAGCACGGAUAAAUAGUACGGAAUCAGCAAAGUUUAAAGCAAUGGGGAGAACUUACGAAAAUCCUUAUGACUUUGGUCCGAGAGAAAAUUGGCGAAUUUUUCUGGGGCUACGUGGAAGGAGUUGGUGGCAUGUAUUAUUUCCGUCACCUCACGCACCAUUCGGCGAUGGGCUCACAUGGGAAACUAUACACGAUCGUAAAAUUCGAACGUACGAAUGGAGCUGAAAUGUAUAGAAAGAUCCAUAAAGUGGAUACUUCUAGUCAAUCAGUGUGUCAUCUCAAUCACUAUUUUAUCGUACGUUCCUUUCGUUCGCACUCUCCCAUAUCAGUCUACGAGUUCAAACAAAACGCUUAUCGACAUUUCGUGUUCUCUAGUCUCUCGAUGUUCAUCCUUCGAAUAAAAAUAGCACGUUUAACUCCCGACCACCAAAACUUACACUUGUAACAUCAAAAAUCAAUGUAUUUUGAAAUAUUUCCAAGUAUCUCCGUAUUAGUGCAUCGCACUACUGUUCACUCAUAUCCUGCGAGUGUAUACAUUUGUUAUCAUAAUUGUCGAUCAUGACGAAAAAUCUAAUAAAGAAAUACGAUUUUUAUACCUUUCAAA